CCUUAUCUUAUCCAAAUCCUACAACACAAGUGAAUUGCAGCAACAAUUCCCUCCGAUGAAUGAAUAAUAAAAAAUUUAAAAAAAAAAGCAGAAGGAAUCACCACCAUCUUCAAUGCCAUUGGUGCAUAAACUCAUAGCUCCAAUGGCAGACAACAAACACAUUGAAACCGCGACGAGGAGAUUCGCCUCUCUAACCAACCACCUCCUUUCCUCUCCAACAACAUCACCACAUCAACUAAUUGCUUUAUCCAACACUUCUAGUUCUAGGAAUAAUAAUGAUAGCUACCAACGUGUUCAUGGUGAUGUUUCCUCUCACGACGUCGUUUGGAAGGUUGCUUUUGAUGACUUUGGAAAGGACUUCACUGAUAUUGUUUACGAGAAAGCUGUUGGUGAAGGAAUAGCCAAGAUUAGUAUUAAUAGACCAGAGAGAAGGAAUGCCUUUAGGCCUCACACGGUAAAGGAGCUUAUCCGUGCCUUCAAUGAUGCUAGGGAUGAUCCCUCUGUUGGUGUCAUCAUUCUCACUGGAAAGGGAACCAAGGCAUUUUGUAGUGGUGGUGAUCAGGCCUUGAGGACUGAAGAUGGUUAUUCUGAUCAUGAAAAUAUUGGUCGCCUUAAUGUGUUAGACUUGCAGGUGCAGAUUCGCCGCCUUCCAAAACCAGUAAUUGCAAUGGUAGCAGGGUAUGCUGUUGGAGGAGGGCAUGUAUUGCAUAUGGUUUGUGAUCUAACAAUCGCAGCAGAUAAUGCUAUCUUUGGCCAAACUGGUCCUAAGGUUGGGAGCUUUGAUGCUGGUUAUGGAAGUUCAAUCAUGUCACGUUUGGUAGGUCCGAAAAAAGCGCGGGAAAUGUGGUUCCUAGCAAGGUUCUAUACUGCUGUUGAAGCAGAGAAAAUGGGCCUUAUCAAUACUGUUGUACCACUAGAGAAUUUAGAGAAAGAAACAAUUAAAUGGUGUCGAGAGAUACUCCGGAACAGCCCGACUGCGAUUCGGGUUCUCAAGGCAGCUCUUAAUGCAGUGGAUGAUGGGCAUGCUGGACUUCAGGAGAUUGGUGGAAAUGCAACCUUAAUAUUUUAUGGUACUGAGGAAGCAAAUGAAGGAAAAGCUGCAUAUAUGCAGCGUAGGCCCCCAGAUUUUUCUAAGUUUAAUCGAAGACCAUAAAUUCAAUUCAAAUGUAUUUAUAUUUAUUUAUAUAUGUUAAUUGUUGUUAUCAAUUUGGGGUAUGGAUUUCUAGACUGUCCACUAUUCUAUAGGGAAAAACGAAUUUGGUUCCUGUCAGUUCUUGACUUUAAUUUAUUAAUUUGGAAUGUAUAUGAGGCUGGUAAUAAAUUGAUUUGCUAGAUCCAA